AUGCUGUCCCUGAAACCCAACAGCAGGAAAAGAAAGGCCUCUUCUGACACCAAGGUCAUGAAGAAGAGGAGAAAACAAGGUCAGCUGAUUGUUUCAAAGUAUCAGGUUGCCAUCAAGCACAUCCCAGUGGAGCGUGUGCAGUGGAUUAUUGUGGACUUCCAGGUUGCCAUCAAGCACAUCCCAGUGGAGCGUGUGCAGUGGAUUAUUGUGAUGAAGAAUGGCCAAAGAGAAUGUCUUCCUCUGAAGGUCUUCCUCAUACAGAAAGCUGCAGGAGGAAAUCACUGUGGUGGGAGCGCUGCUGCCAUUUCCCUCCUGGACUGGUACAUCAAAGAGGAGGAGCUCAUCCUGAUUCUGGAGAGACCAUCUCCCUGUUCUGACCUCUUCGACUAUGUCAAAAGCAAAGGAGGUUUUCUGGGGGAGAAAGAGGCCAAGAACAUCAUGCAUCAGCUGGUCAAGGCAGCUGUAGACCUCCAUAAAAACAGUGUCUUUCAUCGGGACAUUAAACACCAAAAUGUCCUGCUUGAAUGGAGGGACGGUGACCUGCGAGUUCGUCUCAUAGAGUUUGGAUGUGGAACUCGAACGAAGGAGGGGUACUACCAUCACUUCAGAGGUACAGGUCCUUAUGCCCCUCCAGAGGUCUUCUGGAAGAAUAAAUACAGGGAAUGUCCAACCACCGUGUGGCAGCUGGGCGUGCUGAUGUACGGCCUGCUGGAAGGAAACCAGCUGUUUCUGAUAGAAAAGUUCCUUCAGAAAAACCUCAACAUGGAUUUAAAAGUAUCCAAAAACUGCCAGGAUUUCCUGGACAAAUGUCUGUGUGAAUGUCCAGAGAAGCGAGCUGACUUGGAGCAGCUGAUGCUUCACCCCUGGUUCCAGUGA